UUCACUAUUCAUUGGAUAGUCACGUUGUAGUGUGUUGCGUUGGGAACUAUACACGGGCUUGGGACGUAAAGAGGCUGGAGAAGUAGGAACUACUAGGUUCUGCCGCAUCGUGUGCGCCGACCGUUCUAGCUCGUGCCUUUUCUGGCUUUUAUUAAUCGCGCUGUGUCAAUUAUGGCUGUCGUGGCCUCGCCCGCAGUUCCCGUCCGCCUCGGUGCGGGUGUCCCCGCAUCCGCGCUCUCCGCCACGCCGCAGCGCACCGAAUCCGCCGUAGUCGCCUCUCUCCGCGAAUACCCACGCGUUGCUUCCCGCGCUUUCGCCAGGCGUCCCCGCGCGCUUACCAAGCGGCAUCCACAGUCCCUAUCGCGGCGCUACGCAGUGCGCACACGAGCAGCGGGAGACAAUGAGCCGAAAUCGAAUCCCGAAUCUGCGGAUUCCGCAGCACCAGCGUCCAGCCGCCCAAGCAAGGCCGACGUCCCAUUGGCUGAUCCGGUCGCCGCCGACGAAACUGCGCAGCAGCUUCAGGCCGUGAAACAGCAGCAGCAGCAGGAAGCAAGCGAGCGAAGCUUCCCAGCAGCAGCAGCUGUCGCUUGAAGAUGUUAACCCUGUCGAUCUGGGCCGUCGAUCCCGCCAGUUCCUCGACGAUGUGUGGCGGAGAUUUGAUCCAACUGGGCCAGCUGGCGCGUCCGGCGCCGCAGGAUGCGGAGGAUUAUAACGAGCUGGUGCGCGGGGGCUUGGACGCCGAUUUCGGCGUUCCGAGCGCGCAAUUCACGACUGUGCUUGUAGCGGGGGCGACGGGCCGCGUCGGGAAGGUGCUUGUAAGAAAGUUGCUCCUACGCGGGUACACCGUGAAAGCGC